AUGAUUGGAGGAGGAUCAAGAGCCGCGCGAUGCUUGGAAAUACAACCAUCUCCUCUCCCAUGGGUAAAAUUUACUGCGGAUAAACCUCUAACUGCAAAGGGGACCAUUCUGAAAUAUGUGGCUCCGGUUAUGAAAGAAGGGAAACUGAAUAUUGAUGAUAGAAAUGAGAUAUUAUACUCUGGCCCCCCUAUGUUUAAUCAUCGACCAAUGAUUAUCAAGGCUUGGACCCCUGAAUUUAAUUUCCAUGAUGAAAUGUUGAGAGUUAUUCCAUUGUGGGUUAGGAUGCCUAACCUACCUUUGAGCUACUGGAGCAUUAACUCUCUUAGUCAUAUUGACAGUAUGAUAGGGGUACCUUUGUAUGUUGAUGAGUGGGAGUCAGGUAGAAUGAUUGAGCAAAAGAUAAGCUUUGAAUGGGCUCCAUUAUUCUGUAAGAAGUGUCAAGUUGUAGGCCAUGAUUGUGUUAAGAAAGUGGCUGGUUCCAAAGUGGGGAAAGUGGCUGAUCCAAAACCAACUGAAAAGUGGGUGGCUAAACUUGUUAUUGCCCAGCAACCAGAUGCAAUUGAGGUUGUCCCAGUAGUGUCUGAGCAAACUAAGCAGCAGGUAGAGCCUGAGCAUGUUGGUGGGAGAGAUGUUGAGGUGGCUACUGAAGUAAGGGAACAACCAAAGGCUGAUAAUGCAGGGGUAAAUGAAUUUGCAGAAAUUAGGCCACCAUGGAAUAUUGUAACAAGUGGGCAGAAAAGGAAGGAAAUUGAGCAUCUGAAGGGGCCUGGGGUAAUAACACAAAUACUGGAUGAAGCUAGAUCAAGUUCAUUCACAAUUUCACCAGCAAGGGUAAAGACUCAUAACAAAGUGAAGAUACAGGGGAAGUUUGGCAAUCAGUGGAAAUGGGAGACUAACUGUGAUAGCUAUCUUAAGGGGAGGAUUUGGCUUGCUUGGGAUCUUAGCUGGCUCUCUUUACAGCUUUUGCAGAAAAGUAUGUCCUUGCCUUGGUGUGUUAUGGGCGAUUUUAAUGCUGUUUUAGCUUCUGGUGACAGACUUAAUGGCAAUCCUGUAUCUACUUAUGAAACUCAAGAUUUCAUAAGACUUCUGGCUACUACUGAAUUAGGGGAAUAUAAAUCUUGUGGCCACUUUUACUCUUGGUCUAAUAAAGGGUUGGGUGAUGCUAGAAUUGCCAGUAGGAUUGAUAGAUGCCUUGUGAAUUCAUGCUGGUUGACUAUGUUCCCAAGUCUCUCUGUUGAAUAUAUGAACCCUGGUAUCAUACCACUCUCUAUUGGUGUUGAGGUGUAG